AUGUUAUAAUAAUCACAAUAAAUUGAUUACUUAUAUAUUCCAACUAGUAAGAAUUUAUAAUAAUUACUCAAAUCAUCAACCUUCUGGACUAUUGGUAAUAUAUAAGCUACUCAUUUAAUCAAAUCAUAAUUGCUUGUUAGAACAAAGAAUAGGAAUUAUGAGUUUGCUUUAACUAAUAAUGGCUAUUUUAUUAAAUUUGGGACUCGUAACACUAAAUAUUGUGAUUUGUUGAAUAAUAUUUAUAUUCUUACUUAUACAGAUUAGUAUUUUACUAUUCGAUCUCAUGACAGAUCCAAAGAAUACUAAAGUAUUAAUUAGAAGCAAACAAAGAUCUGGAUAGAGUAUUUAACUAAGUUUUGUAUCAUUAGAGGAGAAGUCUAUAAAAGAUUUAAGUUUGUCAAUUAAAUUAGUAAUGGAAAUUAUUCGAAAGUAUAACUAAUUUAAUUAUUUAUUAUUAGGGAUACUUAAUAGAGAACAACAAAAAUCAAUAAUAUGUUUGUAAAUCAUUUUAAAAGGUAGAUUUACAGAGUGUUAUUAAACUUAGAGAUUCUGUAAUUGGUGAAAUAUUAUUAUUAAGGUAAGUAAAUCAUCCAAAUAUUAUUAAACUUUUUGAAAUUCAUGAAGAUUUUAAAAAUAUCUAUUUGAUUUAUGAAUGGGCAAAAGGUGAAUUGUUUUAAGAAUUUUAGAAAACAAAAACAAAUAAAUCUCGUUUUACUGAACAAUAAGUCAGUCAUAUAAUGAGAUAAAUCUUUUUAGGUUUAAGUCAUAUUCAUUCUUUAAAUAUUAUACAUAGAGAUAUUAAAUUAGAAAAUAUUUUACUUAAAGAUUAAAGUUCUAUUCUCAUUGCUGAUUUUAGUUUAGCAGCAAAAAAACUAACAAAGUUUGAAUAUAAAAAAUAUGGGACACCUGGUUAUAUAGCCCCAGAAGUUUUGAAUAUGAAAGUUUAUAAUGAAAAAAUUGAUGUUUUUAGUGCUGGUGUUGUUGCUUAUAUUUUAUUAACAUAAAAACCAGUAUUUUCAGGAUCAACAAUUAGUGCUAUUUUAAAUUAAAAUACAGCAGGAAAAAUUGAUUUUGAUAAUCCAGCAUUUAUCAAUCUAAGCAAAGAUGCCUAAUUUUUCUUAAGGAAAGUAUUAUCAUUACAAGAAGAAUAACGUCCUUCUGCAUUUGAUUGUUUAGAGUCCUCAUUUCUUAAAAAUUCAUUCUAAUUAAAUUAAAUUGGAAGCCCAAUUAAACCUAAUUUAGAUGUAUAUUUUAUAUCAAAUUAAUAGAUUAGAUUAAGCUAUUUAAGUUCUAGUGUAUUACCUCAAUAGAUUAAUCUAUCAAAAGCUAAAAGAAAAUCAAUGAGGCAAUAUAUUUUAUUAAAAUAAGCUAUUAUUACUGAAAAAUAAAAAUCAUUAUUAAUGCAAUAAAUAGCUGAAUAAUAAAAUGAAGAAGAAGAUAGUGAAUAAUUAAUAGUUUAAGAAAGUGUCAAAAAUGUAUUUAAUUAUAUUCAUAUUUAUAGAUAGCUGGAUCCUUUUAUACAGAAAAAUAGUAGGAAAAUACAAAACAUAAUGAUUCAGAUGAAGAUUCUUCAGGUGAAAGUAUGAAUGGAUCAUCCUCUGGAAGUGAAGAUGAUUCUAAUUUAUUUCUAGAGGAAGAUGCAUAUUAAAAUUUAUCAUCCAAAAUAACAUAAUUAGGUGGUUUAUAAAUUAAAAUUAAAAGAUGA